UGUUAGGGGAUGGGUUUGAAUGGUGCUGACAAAGACCUUCUGUGAUGACAUUCAUUUGAAUGAUGGUGGGGCAGAGAGAGCAGAGAGAGGGCAGAAGAAAUUGGCCAACACUCUUACUGAGAGAUUAAUACAGAUCUUUCUAAGAUAUUUGCCAAGCUAGUCAAGGACCGUAAAGGUAAAUACAAAGCUGGACAUGACGUAAACAAGCUCAGCAUGGAAUCAAAUCGACUGCGGCAAACUUGAGAAUAUCAGUAACGGAUUUCCACAAGUGGAUUUCUCCAAAAUGAAAUAGUGUCAGAGGGAACUGGCACACAUACACUCGUAUAACAGGCCUUGCUCACUCUUACACACAUCUGGUUUCCUCAAGUCAGCAUGCAGGAGUCUCCAGGUGCCUUGGGUGUAGAUGGCAACUACACCAACAAUGUUCCAGCUUUUCUCACCAAACUGUGGACUCUAGUGGAGGAUCCGGAUACCAACCACCUAAUCUGCUGGAGUGCUACUGGGACCAGUUUCCAUGUGUUUGACCAGGGUCGCUUUGCCAAAGAAGUUCUACCAAAGUACUUUAAACACAAUAACAUGGCAAGCUUUGUCCGACAGCUUAAUAUGUACGGCUUCCGAAAAGUUGUAAAUAUUGAGCAAAGCGGUCUGGUUAAACCUGAGAGAGAUGAUACAGAGUUCCAACAUUUGUACUUCCUCCAGGGACAUGAACAUAUGCUGGAGCAUAUCAAGAGAAAGGUAUCAAUAGUGAAGAGCGAAGAAACCAAAGUUCGUCAAGAGGACCUCAGUAAACUGCUGUAUGAAGUUCAGCUAUUAAGAACACAGCAGGACAACAUGGAGUGUCAGAUGCAGGACAUGAAGCAGCAGAAUGAGGUUCUGUGGAGAGAGGUGGUCUCACUGAGACAGAACCACACACAGCAACAAAAGGUCAUGAACAAGCUAAUUCAGUUUCUGUUCAGCCAGAUGCAGUCCAACACACCCGGCACUGUUAGCUUGAAGAGAAAGCUGCCAUUGAUGUUGGAUGAUGGCUCUCUUAGCCCACCUGCGUCCAAGUUCAGCCAUAUUAACCCAAUGGAGCCAGUGCAUGAGCCCUUCUACAUCCAGUCGCCAUCCAGUGAUACUGCUUCAUGUUCUACCACUGGGCUAGCAGGUGGACCGAUCAUAUCGGAUGUAACAGAUAUGUCUCAAGCCAGCAUGCCUCUACAGAUGCAGUCUGAUGAGACCAGUCAUAGGGAAAAGUGCCUGAUGCUGAUCAAAGAAGAGCCUGUGAGUCCAGGAGUGAGAGCAGGAGUGAAAAGUGGCGGUGUUGCUGGAGGAGACACCCUGGCGUUGAACUCCGCUUGUGAAGUGUGCACCUCAGAACCUCCCGUCCUUCCUGUUGCAAUGGUCCAGUCUGUCUUAGAGGGGAGAGGAUCAUCUGCCUCAGUGACAGAAAGGAGGAAUAAGAGAGUUGCUAUUGAAAGAGUGGAGUGUGGUUCUGAUGCAGUGGAAAAUAUGGAGAUGAGCCUGGAGGAGUUGCAGCAGUUGAUACUCAGGAGCCAUCAACAGAGUAACAUGGAUCCCUUCAGUGUAAACCUUCCUCUGACUGAAUGGAGCUUUAAUGAGAUGGAGUCCAAUCUCAAAUCAUAUGUGUUCCAAAAUCAAGAACCUGAGGCUUUUCCAGCAUCCACUUGUGAGAAACAGUGAUUAGUUUGUGCAGUGAGUGGCCCUUUUUGAAAUAGAAGGCCACAGACACAUCUUACCGUGCAUGAAUUUGAUCCUAGAAGCUGGCCAGGUUAUUUAUUUUAUUUGCCUUUUUUGUAUGCAUAAGUAUUCUUAUGAAAUGCAGAAAUGAUCAUAUUUGUACAAAUAAUGUCUUUUUUCUUUAAUGGAUUGCUCCAAGAAUAUCAAGACCCUAUUAACAGCAAGAUGCACACAGUGCAUGCUUGGCUUGAGCACUUUAGUCUUUCUGUGAGAGGGGAUUCCUACAUAUGGGUACAGAAGUAACUUAUUAUUUUCGAAUCAUAUUAUUGCAAAUGCACACACGUGAACCAAAAUAUUGUGAUUACCUGAAUGUGUGCAAAACAUGGAUUGAGAUCGUCAUUAUAUAUUUUGUUCUGUCUGAUUUUGGGGGGUUCUGGAAAAAAAUGUAGACACAAUCAGAAGCAUUUUUGUGUGUUAAUCUUAAGGCAAGUUGUCCUUCAUGAAAUCGAAGAUUCAUCAAUCAACAUAUGGAAUCAAGCCACUCUAAACUUCAUUCAGAAACCAUUUUAAGUAUCAGUAGGACAUAUUGCAGGAGGUUUAAUAUCUAACCUAUGUACUUUAGGUCAGACACAUACUAACUAGGGUUAUUUCGUCUAACUAAAUGUAUGGUUUCAAGGACAACAAAUGAUAGACUUUUUAACUUGACUGAACCAACCACACCACUGCAUUUUUGCACAAACUCCAUAGUACAGUUAUGGUUAAAUAGUUUGUUCUUUGUUAAUUGAUGGCAUUCUAAACAUGCUGGUUUAAAGUAGACUUGGAUCAUCUUUAGAACCAAACAACAAACAAACAAACAAACAAAGAAACAAGCUAACUAACUAACUGACUGACUGACUGACUGACUGACUGACUGACUGACUGACUGACUGACUGACUGACUGACUGACUGACUGACUGACUGACUGACUGACUGACUGACUGACUGACUGACUGACUGACUGACUGACUGACUGACUGACUGACUGACUGACUGACAUAUCAAACAUUUCGACACUGCCUUUCCUCUAACUAACUAACUGACUGACUGACUGACUGACUGACUGACUGACUGACUGACUGACUGACUAAGACACUGCCUUUCCUCGCUUCCAAAUGUCCUCUUGUGUUUUAAUGUGGGUUCAGUGAGGUGGUUUCUUGAGCAUUUCAUUUCAUCAUUUAUGCAUCUAUAAAUUGAAGAAGUGUGGAAUUAUUCUUUGGAAAAAAACAUCUCAAUGAACUCUUACUGUAUGUUAUGUCAUUCUUUUUAAAACACUGACAUUGGAUAUUUUCUAGUUUUACUUUUAGUGCUAGUAUACUUGGGGAGAGUUUCUUUAAAAAAUAUGAUUUGUGCAAUACUGUACAGAAUUCAAUAUGUGGAUGACCAUAGGAAUGUCGUAAAGAGCAACUGUGAGUGGUGAGGUGGAAGACACCAAAGUAAAAUGCACAGCAGAAGGAGAAUGCUUGUCCAAAAACUUUCAAGGCAGGCGUAACAUGCCUGAGAGAAAGAUUUCAUUCGGCUUACUGUUGGAAAUGAGAAUCAUGGCAUUCAUUUACUUGGAAAUUUAGCUGAUAGAACUUUUACUCUAUUGCAUUUUAUUAUUAUAUAACCCUUAUAAUUGAACGUGAUUAGUCUGCUUCCAUUUGAACUUGAUGCGAGUCAAAUGGAAACACGCGGAAGAUGCCGAAUUAGCCCAAACAAGCAAGAACAAAAUAAUAAUAAUAUGCCUUCUGAUUUUUUUAGCAUGUUAACUUUGGUGUAUAACAUGAGGAAUUGCACUAAAAAUACAGUUGUAUAUUUGAAAGUGUACAGUUCACAGCACAUUUAAGACAUGCAUUUAUUUUCCUGUUCCUCACAACAAUUCGAUUGUUUUUCAGGAGUGACUACACACAUUCAGCUGCUGUUGUGUUCUUUAUUUAUCCUAUUUUAAUUUUUAAUCAUUUGCACUGGACAUGAAUGGAUGUGUGUUAAGGCAUGCUACUAAGUAUUAGUAGCAAACAAGUGAAAAUAUGACUGCUGUAAAAGAAAGAGCCCGACAUACCCAAAAAGCAUUAUUACACUAUGGACAGAAAAUAGAAUUGAAUGUGUCAUCUCUUGCUAUCAAUGGCCUUGGAACAUUUUAAAAUAAACUUUUCACCAAAAUAUUUUGACUACCAUGAAACAGAUAUGAGGUGUUUCAAUGCUUUUAAAGUGGGCCAUCAUCAUCGGCAAAUGUUAAUGUGUUAAAUGGCUUUCAUAAAAAGACUAAAGUGCAAUAUUACACAGGGUCAGUUGAACUGGAUAUGUAUUUCACAUGUAAACAAAAUAUUAAUGAAUAAAA